ACUCUCUCUCUAUAAAACCAUCUUCUCUUUCUCUCUCUAGAACUAGAAUAGCUCCGACUUUCGUCGUCGGCUCCAUUCGGGAAUCGAGGAAUUUCUCGCGUCAAUCUCAAUUCAAUUACAAGAAGAAGCCCGAGAAUUCCUCGCAAUCGCCCCUGGUAAACCCUAAAAUUUGAUUAUCUGCAGUCCACUUCCAGUUUAAAUUCGCCCCGAUUAACCUAGAUCUGUCCCCAAUUCCCCCUCCGGAUCGUAUAUAUUUUCACCGUCGAAGAAAAUCUGGCCGAGAAAAGCCCGAUUGAGUUGCAUUUCCUGGUAAAUAUCGAUUAAUUGGUGUAGAAGUCCAAUCACGAUUGUGAGAGGUGGGAAUAAUGGGCAGGUUUGACAAGGAAACAGCGGAGCCCUCAUCCUCGCCGGCGGAGACAACGUCGACGUCGAAGACGGUGACGGUUAAUGGCACACACGAUUUUAAGAUCACGGGGUAUUCGCUGUCUAAGGGAAUUGGGAUUGGGAAGUAUGUAGCGUCGGAUACGUUUAUGGUUGGUGGGUAUUCGUGGGCAGUUUAUUUUUAUCCCGAUGGAAAGAGCGCGGAGGAUAAUGCUACUUACGUCUCGCUUUUCAUCGCGUUAGCUAGUGAGGGCACCGACGUUAGGGCGCUGUUUGAGCUGACUCUCUUGGAUCAAAGUGGAAGGGAGAGGCACAAAGUUCAUAGCCAUUUCGGUAGGGCGUUGGAGACGGGACCAUAUACUCUAAAAUACCGAGGCAGCAUGUGGGGUUACAAACGAUUUUACAAGAGAGCUGCUCUGGAAUCAUCUGAUUACCUGAAGGAUGAUUGCCUUCAUGUGCAUUGCUGUGUUGGUGUUGUUACCUCGCACACAGAGGGACCUAAGAUCUACUCCAUUCCUGUUUCCCCAUCAAAUAUUGGCCUGCAUUUUGGGCAGCUGCUAGAAAGUGGAAAAGGGACUGAUGUUAAUUUUGAAGUUGAUGGAGAAACCUUUUCUGCUCAUAAAUUGGUUCUUGCAGCACGAUCACCUGUUUUCAGAGCUCAAUUAUAUGGUCCAAUGAAGGAUAAAAAUACGGAGUGUAUAAAUAUUGAAGACGUGGAGGCACCUGUGUUUAAGGCCCUGCUUCAUUGGAUGUACUGGGACGCACUUCCUGACUUUGAAGAGCUUACUGGACUGAACUCAAAAGGGGCCUCCACAUUGAUGUCUCAGCAUAUGCUUGCUGCUGCUGAUCGGUAUGGUUUAAAUAGAUUGAGGUUGCUCUGUGAGGCUAACCUUUGUGAGGAUGUUGCCAUCAAUACUGUUGCAACAACAUUAGCACUUGCAGAACAACACCACUCUUUCCAGCUGAAAUCUGUCUGUCUCAAAUUUGUCGCUCUUCCGGAAAAUCUUAGAGCUGUCAUGCAAACAGAUGGUUUUGAGUACCUUAAAGAAAGCUGUCCACAGGUACUCACCGAGUUAUUGGAGCAUGUUGCCAGGGUCAACGAACACUCUAUUACUGUUGGCAAGCUAGGGAUCGAAGGUAUUCUAGAUGGAGGUGAUGUCAAUGGCAGACGCGUCAAACAAAGGAUGUAAGAAGUCGCGAUUGUCUAGUGUAAGAAAAAUACAUUAGAUCCUUUUUUAGGGUUUACUAGAAAUAUAUUUGUCCGGCUGUUGGUCGUGUUCGUUACAGGUGUAAAUGAUCUGCUUCCAUUCAUUGUUAUCUGAGAUCAUGGAUCAGUCUAGAGCAUGAACUCGACGCCCUCUGCCAUAAACUUGUGAUGUGUAUGGUUCCCCUUAGUAAACUAAGAACAUACCUAUCUGUAAUUGAUAUUUUCCCCAACUCUUUUUGAUGCCUACUGUUUCUGAUAGUAAUUUGUUGUAUUUCUUAAUUUUUUGAGAGAAGUGAUUUGUUA